AUGGUAAACUUGACCUCAAAGAGUGGAUUUCUCCUCAUGGGGUUUUCUGAUGACCAUAAGCUUCAGGUUCUACAUGCACUGCUCUUUUUGGUGAUAUACCUUCUGGCCUUAACAGGCAACCUCCUCAUUAUUACCAUCAUUACCUUGGACCACCGUCUGCAUUCUCCCAUGUAUUACUUCUUGAAGCACCUCUCUCUUCUGGACCUCUGCUUCAUCUCUGUCACAGUACCACAGUCCAUUGCAAAUUCACUUAUGGACAGUGGUUACAUUUCCCUUGGUCAGUGUAUUCUUCAGGUUUUCUUCUUCAUAGCUCUGGCCUCAUCAGAAGUGGCAAUCCUCACAGUGAUGUCUUAUGACCGGUAUGUUGCCAUCUGUCAACCACUGCAGUAUGAGACCAUUAUGAAUCCCAGUGUUUGCAGGCGUGCAGUGAUCGCUGUGUGGAUGGCAGGGGGCCUCUCUGGGCUCAUGCACACAACUGUUAACUUCUCCAUUCCUCUAUGUGGGGAAAGAGUUAUUCAUCUUUUUUGUGAUGUCCCUCAAAUGUUGAAACUUGCCUGUUCUUAUGAAUUCAUGAAUGAGAUUGCAGUGGCUGCAUUCACAUCCUCAACAGCAUUUAUCUGUCUGAUAUCCAUUGUGCUCUCCUACAUUCGGAUCUUCUCAAUGGUGCUGAGAAUCCCAUCAGCAGAGGGCAGGACCAAGGUCUUCUCCACCUGCCUACCACACCUAUUUGUAGUCACCUUCUUCCUCUCAGCUGCGGGCUUUGAGUUUCUAAGACCUCCUUCAGAUUCCCCAUCAGCUGUGGAUCUUAUGUUCUCCAUAUUCUACACUGUAAUACCUCCAACGCUCAAUCCAGUCAUCUAUAGCUUGCGAAACGAAGCCAUGAAGGCAGCUCUGAAGAAGGUGCUGUCAAAAGAUGAAUUUUCUCAGAGAAAAAUGUAUUUUAAAGCAAUGUUUAAACUCUAA